AAUCAAAGAAAUGGCUAGGGUUACUUUCGUUCUUUUCUUUCUCUUGUUCUUCUUAAGAAUCCUCGAUUCAACCCAAUGAGUAUGAAUGGAGAGACUAUUCGUUUUCAGUUUACGAUUUCAGAUUUGUUCAUCAGUUGAAGUUUGGACAAUUUCAAGUUAAAAACUCGAUGAAUAAACACAGAGACUCGAGGAAGAUCACUAUGAUUGCACUCUCACGAUGAUUUUUGUUUUUGACGGCAGGCUAUUUUUACUGUUUUCAACCGAAACAAAAUUGGCUUAUUUCCUAAAAUAAAUAUAAGUCCUCAUCCAAGUCUAACCGGUAGGCUCUGCACUAGGAAAACCGGGACACUCAAUCUCCGAUGUGGAUCCAAGCACAAUAGAGUUUCAACUGUAGUAUAUGGUAAUGGCUGAUUUCGGACCGGUCAUGGAGCUAGCUGAAGAUGGUCUAUCCAAGCUACAAUCGGUCAUGGCAUGUCUCGCCAUGGCAGUCUUCUACGUCGCAAUUCUAUACUCUCCAACUUUGAUUCUCCGCCUACCGCCGCCUUCAUCUUUCAAGAGCUUCAUGAUCCGCCGCUUCGUAUGCGCCUUCUUCUCUUCUCUCCUUUCGAUCAUCCUAUGCGCUUCAAUCCUCCCUAUAAGGAGCUGGAAGAUGUCAUAUUUAUCUUCUGUUUACGGUAUCAGACUGGACCACAUGUGGCAAGCUGUGGUCUAUCCUCUUUCUUUGACUUCACUGAUGUACAGUGGUUCUCUUGUGCUUAAUGUACUGUCACUGUGGAGUUCAAAUGGCAUAUCAAGUGAUGGGCAAGAUCAUAUCCUGAGCAAUUUUUCUGACAAAAUGCUGCAACAUAUCUCCAAUAUUUCGGCUUGGCGAAAUUAUAUCGUGGCACCACUUACAGAAGAACUUGUAUACAGAGCCUGCAUGGUGCCUUUACUUCUAUGUGCGGGUUUUGGAACAUACAAUGUCAUAUUUUUCUGCCCAAUUUUCUUCAGUUUGGCUCAUCUAAAUCACUUCCUGGAGUUCUACAUGCAGCACCAAAGCUUGGCUAGAGCUUUUACAAUUGUUGGUCUCCAACUUUGCUACACUGUGGUGUUCGGUUCAUAUGCAUCAUUUCUCUUCAUUCGAACAGGCCAUUUCAUUGCUCCCCUUAUUGCUCAUGUCUUUUGCAAUAUUAUGGGAUUACCCACUCUGUAUUCACGGGAAAGCGGUGGGCUAGUGACAGUUUCAUUUUUGAUGGGGAUGAUGGGAUUCAUAUUGCUCCUAUUUCCAUUAACUUAUCCAGGGAUGUAUAAUAAUAGAACUGAUAGUUGCAGUUGUUGGCAAAGAUAUUGUAUUUGGAGCUAAGAUUGUAUUUAUUAAGACAGAUUGUAUAGGUUAUUGUGGAUUUGGUAGUGAUGACCCAAAUCCACAGAAGAUCCUGUGAGCCAGUUGAAAAUGAUGAAGAAAGAAGCAAACACCAACCAAAAUCAUCAUCCUUCCCUUUCAUUUCCAAAUUGGUCACUUCCUUCUUGUUCUCAUAUAUUAAUUAAUAUUAUUGAACUUAGUUGCUGUAUUUCUUCUAUUUUGUCAUCAUAUUCCCCUAUGGUCUGUCA